UCACCUCACCCUUCUUUUUCCCCUCCUCGUUCCUUUGCGCCUGCUUUCAAUACACACUAAUCCCACAACACACGCACCCUUCGACAAGCUUACCACCUGGAAACCGCAAUUGAUGGAGUAACGAACCGGCCCAAAACGGACGAACCUGGAACCAUGGCGCCGUGGCUGGACCCCGCAAUCACAAGCGUCUCGGAUGGCUCUGAAUGAGCACGGAUCAUGGACUUUCUCCCACACCCCGCGUCUGGCGUUGAGGCUCUUGACAUACCCUUCGUCGCCGACACUCCCUUUGUCUUUGGCUCCGACUUCUGGGACUUCCCCAAGCUUCACGGCUUCGGCGAUCAAUGGGCCAGCCUGCCCGCACCGCGUUUGGCAUCACUUGCGCAGUCGUGGCUCUACUUCGGCACCGUUUCCGAGUUUCUUGGCAGGCCGGUCGACUAUCGCGAAUUCCAGGUCUCGCGGAGCGUAUCAGGGAAGCCCCUGCUCCCGCUCCUCGACGAAUGGCUCGCCGGACACGCUAUCACUAGCAACGGCUUGUCGAUAGAAGAUGCGGACGAUUAUGAAGACAAGAAACUGGUGCUUUACGAACAUGCCCGCUUCCUCGACGCCGUCAUCCGCCUGGCCGAGGAUUUUGACAAGGUGUCGCAAAGCCAUGUCAAGCCCAUCCCGACCAUCAUCCUAUCCGUCAAGGUAUUAUGCAUCACCCUGAGGGGCGUGAUGUGGGACUUGGCCCGGGGCGACAUCGAUGAGACUCUCAGGCCGUGGCCGUCACCCGCCACUCGCAUGCGCCGUGAGAUAGUGCCGGCGCGAGAUGCACCGGGGAAGCAGACCAUUUCUCCCAGCGCGCAGUUGAUGCUGGAUGUGUUGCGCCUGCGCGGAUGGUGCCCAUUCUACGCCCGGAAGGUCCUCACUCAAUAUAACUACGCCCUCGCUUACUAUUUUACCCGCCUCUUCCGGACCUACUCACCCGGCCUCAGCCACCGCAGCUGCUCCGACGACGAGUGCGUCGCCAGCAACGCCGAUAUUUUCAGUUAUGUCCCCAAGCAUGCCCGCCGCGGCUGCCUUUGCCAGCCCAAGGCCGCCCCGAUGGAUCAGAUCCGGGCGAUUAUCGAGGAUGGAGGGAUACCCCUAAUUCGACUAAGAGGAUCCUCGAAGAAGGGGGUCAGGAUGGAAGUCGCCAGGAUGACCGCCCAGACACGCUUUGUUGUCGUUUCCCACGUGUGGUCCGACGGGAUUGGCAAUGCGCACACCAAUGCCCUACCCGAAUGCCAAUUACGGCGUCUUCACGCCCACAUCAGCGAGCUAAAACCCCUGAAACAAGGCAGGGACAGGGACGGGGACCUUGAUUUCAACCUCCUCAGCUCACUUGACACAGGUUUCCAAUCGGCGACGGCACGCCGGCCGAAUUAUCUCUGGAUUGACGCCUUGUGCAUGCCUCCUGGUGGAUCGGCUGGCUUCCUGCGGCUUCGGGCCAUCAACAAGUUACCCGCUGUUUACGAAGCCGCCGACCGAAUCUUGGUUUUGGACUCGACGCUGGAGCGUACGUCAGUGGUGGAUUCGGACAGCGUCGAACAAUUUGCGAGAUUCGCAGUGAGUCCGUGGAUGGGGAGGUCGUGGACCUUUCAGGAGGCAGCCCUGGCGUCUGCGUGCGAGGUUCAGUGCGCCGAUGGCACGUUCGACGGCUUUUCGCCACAGCCCAAACAGAGGCUAGCCUCAUCUACUGCAACUUCCAAACGACGGCGGCUCGCUUGGCUGGAGGCUCUUACUCGUCCUGCGGACUGGAUCGGGAGAGUGGUGUUCCGGAAAUCGCAAAGCCAACCCAUGCAGUUAUUAAAUACCACUUCAACAAUGGGCGUCGGAAUCGAGACAUCGGUAGUGAAGAGCCUCACCCGGUCACUUAGGGAAGAAUUCCGCUCAGGUUUUGCGAACGGCGUAAAACCUAGCCGGGCUGCCGUGGGCGAGGGAAGGUUAGCCCCCGACUUUUGUACGCUCUUCGUACAAGUCUGGAAUGAACUCAGCAAAAGGGCGACGACGGUGCCGGGAGACAUGCAUAUCAUCAUGGCCAGCCUGCUUGGCUUCCACACCGAGCCGAUCAUGCGACUAACCAAAUCAGCGGAUCGCAUGUCAUGCAUCUUGCGGAGCAUGGAUGGUAUCCCCAUGUCCCUGCUUUUUAACAUCGACGGACCACGCCACAAACCGACAAAGAAUCAUCGGGAUCGCUGGCUACCGCUAUAUCCCUCGCGGCAAAAGUUACCUUUUGGGUCAACAUUUACUAAUAUCCGAUCCAUCAACGACGAUUUAUACCUGCCGAAUAAUACCGUGAGUCGGGGGAAAGUGGCUAUCUUGGUCUGCACCGGCGAAGUCGACCCGUUCUCAAGCUGCACUUUCACCCUGCGGGACACUUCCUCGGGAGAGCAGUACUCCGUUGUGGUCCACCGGCAGGAGGAUGAAAUGGACGAGUUCGCGACACCGGAGGCUGGCCCCUAUUGCAUCGCCAUUCAGCUGGAACCAGAGCUUUGUAACCGGCCGGAUGGUCAUAUCGAUGGCCUGGGUGCCGUGCCCAAGACAUACGCGGGCGCAUUAUUCCGCGUCCGGCGAGUCGUGACAAACGUCAGGAAACUCUACUAUCACAACCUCGAAGCAGAUUACGAAAAUUCGUUCGAACUGGUUGAAGACCGCUCAUAUGAGUCCCGCGACCUGGAGACAGCCAGCAAGCAAACCACGAACUACCUCGACGGCAACCUGGCGUCUGCAUUCUCGAAUCACCAUCGAGGAAUCCUACGGACGGUCUACGACUGCCCCUUGACGAUCUCUUCCUGCUCACCCAGAAGGGCAGACGGUGCCACUUGGCCAUUAAAGGAGGGCCCUACCCUGCUCGCCCAACAGCUCCCCGAGACCUGGCAAACAGUCAUCGAACGAGAACCAGCAACCUUUCCCCACCCUCUCCCACCCCGCCCCUCCUUCAGCGAAGCAAUCAGCCCCGUAUCCGCCUACCUCGGCAUCACCGCCCUCGACGGGCUCGUCGCCUCGGGCUGCGUCGGCCUCGCCAUCGCCAUCUGCGCCACCAUGUUCUCCCGCCUCGCCCUGCUCGCCCAGGCCGCCGUCAUCGCCAAGCUGGCCCUGCACUCCCUCUUCCUCAUGCAGAUGUUCCUCUUCCCCGGCAUCGAGGUCCGCCUCGUCUGGGACUCUCUGCACCUCGCGCUUGUUGCGCUAUACACCUUCUCGCGCGUGACGUCCCCGGCCCCCGGGGGUGGGGUGGAGAGGAUGGAUGUGUUGGACUGGUCGUUCAUCGCGUGGGCGUUCCUGGGCCAUGUCGUGGAUUUUGGGGCGCGCUUGGCGAUUCGCUGGGUUGUGGUGCCGCGGCUGUUUGAGAAAUACCUCCGGUCGUUUGAUGGCGGCGGGUUUCGGGAUGAGAAGCAUGCGGGGAAGGGGGUUGUUGGUGGUGGUGUGGAUGGUGUUGGGAGGGCAGGGAGAAGGGGGUGGUUUUCACGGGCGCGGUUAAAACUUGGGUUUGGGGGUCAUCAGUUUCAGGAACAGGUGCAGGUGGACAGGGAGAUGAAUUCACGCGACCGUGGUGACGGUGACGUGCCGGGUGGGCGUCCAGAGCAGCAUUUACUUGGGGAUAUGGAGGGACAGGCUUAGUUGCGGGGUGUGUAUUGUAAGGUUAUGGGUAGACGGUUGGGUUGUAGGUUAGGAUACCAUUGGGACCAUGGGAAGGCAAAGAUACCUGGGUUUGGGUGGCUUUCUGUUUUGAGAUGCUGGAAUUGGCUGGCUGGCGUUGGCGGAUGUAAUGAUUAUAGUACGUACAUGAGGUUAAUCAAAAGAUGUCGUGGUUGAAGAGACAUCAUUUCGUGAGGGUAUCGACCCAAGAUCCGAGCCCACAACCAAACC